GUGCCCGUUGCUUUUGACCUGCGUUAAGGAAGCCAGGCGGGGCUAAUGUGCAGUGUUGUUAGCGUAUACAUGUAGCUGCAAUAUCUGCCUGCAGGCUUCAUUUCCUGUUUGAAAAGCACUGUGAAGGGGCAACAUUCUCCACCUGCAUAUGCACAUGCAGUAACCUUCACGUCGCUGAAUGCUGCCAAGCAUCUGGGAGUUUGUACGUUUCGUGCAGGCCUGCGGCUAACCUACGGCGAUGCUCCGUAGACUUACGUCAUCAUGCCCUCACAAGAAGUGACGUCAUUGAACUGACCUUCAUGUUCAUGUUAAACCUCGUUUAAGAUGAACUUGAGCUUUCACACUUUGUUUCUGGAUGCAGACUUUCCUUCUCGAACUGUAUUAGUUCCUCAAAUGAAGCAAAUAUUUUCACUAAUGCAAACAUUACGAUCAAUACACUCUUUAAUCUUAUAAUGUUGGCUCAUACAACGCUGAUAUUCUUCUAUGGCUGUCUGUUAUGAAAGGGUGGAGGAGUAACACACCUGUUUGUAUCGGUGUAUUGAUUAUCAGUGACCCCCCCCCCCCCAACACACACGCUGCACGUGAACAUCCUAAAUGUACAGUAACUGUAUAUAACUGUGUAUAUAUACAGUAUAAUAUGCACAUGUGUGCAUGUUUGUGCCCUUGCAAAGUACUAAUACUAAAGUACUACUUUUAAGACCCUUUAAACUCCAUAAUUGGCCAAUGAUGCGUGUGCAUGUCAUUUCUAUGGAUUUAAUUCAGGAAGCCCUCAAUACUAAAUAUCCCAGUCACAUAUGGAUAAUACAAGUGAAGCUAUUUCAGCAUGUAAACUGCAAUAAUCCAUAUACAUGUUUUUCAUCCGCUCCAGAAGGGCUGACUCAAACCAAAACGGACUCUAACCAAAGCAAAUUUUCCCAUAGAAAAUAAUGUAAAUCCAGUUAAUCUGUUCCAGACACCCAAACACAUGCAAUAGACAAUAAUUAUAGUUUUACAUGCAAAAAAAUAGUGACAAAUGAACUUCACUUUGACCUAGUUUUGUUGGGGAAAAAAAAGCACAUUAUUCUGCUGCAACCACAAUUUGCAAAAAUGUAAAACAAUUUGGAUGUAAAAUGAAAAACACGCUAACCGGGGCGGACAUUAACCAAGGUACCAGUGUGUGUGUGUGUAUAUGUUUCUGGACUCAUUCUUCAGUCUUUCUGCUGCUUUCUCUCGGCGGUGUCAUUUUACAUGUGGUCAGAAAAUAAGCUAAAGGUUUUGUGUACAUGAGCGUGGAUCAGAGCCCUGACGUUAGUCAAAGGACCUGACUUUAUCUGUUAAGCAGACCCAAGCGUGUUUGGAAUGGUGGAGUGUUAGUACGCCCUGCGGGACUAAAACGCGGCCAUAAGCGGCACCCGUGCUACCAGAGGACACGCUUUGGCAGAAAUGUAAACACGCUAUUUUGUGAAACAAGCCAUCUGCUGUAUCGGUUUCCCAAUCGAUUGCUGACUGGAACCUUUCUGCUUGAUCAGCCAUGGUUGGCAACGUUCACCUUAGAUGAUGUCAGCGUGUAUGUCUCUCACAGUGAUGGAGUACAAAAAGUUAGCACUUUCCAACUCCUGCCUAAGGCUUAAGCGUGCUUAUUUCAUGAGAAUCUUUUAAAAAGACAAACAAUGUUGAUGGUUGAAAGCCGUCUGAGAUGUUCACGGAAAAGUGCACUUUUAUUGGGUGGAUAUUUUCCAUCUUCCACAAUCCUCAUGUGAGACAUGAACACACGUCUCUUUUCUGUGCCUUCUAAAGAUAUAAAAACUGUUAAAAAGAGGCAGGUAAUGAAUGCAUGUAAUGGGACGCACCUAUUCGGCCUAUUAAAACAUCUCCAAAAAGCUCCAGCAAGGUUUAGUGGUUUUUCAUCCAAGCAGUGAGCAUGUAGUAGCAGGUACAUUCAUGAUAACAUGGAAUACUUCCUUCCUGGGUGCAUUGAUUUCACAUAGCAACAUUGAAAGGAACGCUACACCUAGCAUCAAAAACAAAAACACAGCAGCAGUGGUGGCAGCUCCAAUAUGUAGCGUUACCUUUGGCUAGUGGCCUGAGGCGCUGUGAGCGAGUGUGUGUGGUGAAGCUAGUUGCUAGCCGGCUAGUAGCUAGCCGCUGUGGUGUGGUGAGGUGUCACUACGCCAGUAAGGUAGUUCUUGGGCGUAACAAUAAUAAUAACAAUGUGGUUCAUAUGCAGCUCAUAUGAUGGAAACGGAGCCUUGCUGGCGCUUUUUGGAGUUUUUUUCAGAAGGCUUUAUAGGCGGAAUACAUGCGUCCCAUUACGUGCAUUCUUUUUAGCUGUUUUUAUAUCUUUUAGAACGAACAGAAAAGAGAAAGAUGUGUGUUCAUGUCUCACAUAAGGAUUGUGGAUGUGGCAUAAUUCCAAAAAAAGUGCACUUUUCCUUUAAGGAUGAGCUGUGGCAAAGUGAAGAUGUGUUGUGGGAGGAGUGAAGGAGAAGGUCCCGUCCAAGCAGAGGCAACAUACUGUACUGAAAUAGAAAUAGCCUUCACAGUGGUGUGGAUUCCAGUGGGGGUUUUGGUUUUCCUUUCCAGGUAGAAAAUAUUAUUUUCACUGCUGCCAGGAAGCCAGUUUCUGUCACAUUAUGAGGAGCUGCAAAGGUCAGCCAACCCCACAUGUUGCAACUCCUGCAGGAAGUUUUCAUUUGGCCCCCAUUCAGACCUGCAAUUCUUACUCUGAUUUCUUUCCUUUUCGAUGGCUUGCUGUCAUCGCACCUUGCCCCAAACGCCGCUGCUGCGAAUUUAGCCUCCAAUUUAGCACACACUGUGGCCUGAUGCAACUAUUUACUAAUCCCCCACAGUGUGGACGCUCAUUUUUUUCAACCCGCCAACAAACCAAAUCCCAGGCACGUUUCUGUUUGGACAGGUGUUCCCCACAGGACUGUAAUCUAUCUGUGGUGUUGGGGUCAAAAAAAGGGUAGUGGCAAAUCUAUUUGUGGCGGUCCAAAUGUAUUUGUUUCACUACUCGGGUUAAAUUCACACUCGGGAUGCACGAUUGACUUGCUUGGAAUUGAGGUGACUUCUCUGGGUUGGUUUGUAUUUAUUUGUCCCCACGCACACCAUCUUCAGGGCCAUCAAAGAAAUGCAUGGUUUCAUUAUUCCUGUCAUUCAUAUUGGACCUGGCCUUGGCAUGCUCUGCUUUGGAGAAAGGACAGUUGAUGGGGGGGCUGACUUCACAGAAAUGAAUAAAAAGAAUGAAAAUAAUGCAAAAAUAUUGGCAUGUUUGCUUCUUCCACAGUAUAGUAGAUCCCUGCCACUCGUGGGGGCUUUGUUCCAAGACCACCAUGAAUGCUAAAACAUCGUAAUUGAUAUGCUCAUAAAAAUGAAUUUUUGAGGCCUUCUUGCAGGCCCGGAGCAGCUCGGAGCUCUUUGGAGGAGGCGGUCACGGUCUGGUUUAUCACGCUCACUGUGACGACGCGCUCACACUUGUAAGGGUGCGUCACGCGCAGUUACUGCUAGCGAAGAGUAACAGUGUCAUGUUUUUCCUCCCCUGAACAUGAGUAAGGGCUCGGCAUGUAAACAUGGCACCGAGCGUAAACAGAAUCGGUGGCGUGCAGCUGCUUGUGAUGUUGACUUUGGCUGGUGAGCGGUUCCACUGUGGUUUCUCAUGUGGCCACAUGAGGAGGGUGGAAGCAGGCGAAAGAAACUUAGAUGCUCGUCUAGCGUUUCCGCUCAGUCAUAAGCGUGGUCGUGUUACCAAAACACACACCGCCAUGCUUGGAGAAACCGUCUUCGAAAGGAAGGCUCACUCCUCCCCCUGCAAACUCUGCAAAGGAGCAUGAUGUGCACCUCUGACCUCAUGUCAAUGUGAUUGGUUGGCUUUUUUAGUACAUCAUUUCCGGUAUGUAACCUUUCCUGUUUUUCCACGCCUGCCGAAGCGCCACUUUUAAAUCCUCGCCUUCUCCCCUGCUUUGGAAGCAACAAGUACGAUAAAAGCGACUGAUGCUGAUGUUCCAGCUCCAGUAAUGAUCCGGAUUGGGCUUCAGGCGCCGUUCUUCGCUGCUACUACUACACAGGAAGCUAAAUGGCUCAUCACUGCCACCAGCAUUUUGGUAGAGAAUUGCGCGCCAUGAAGUCAGCCCCCGCUGAAGAGCUACAACAGGAUCAAGACGCCACAGCGACUACGGGUUAGCAUCCGUACCGCACUUGGGCCCACCGCUACGUUUGGAAAGUGUGAGUGCUCUGAGCACUUCCCUUCCUUUGGCACGAUUGGCAUCGGCGGGCCGUGGCACGCACGGCACGAUUACAUGCACGUGCACAACAUAUUGGCUGGAAUGCAAUCGCUCCUCACAAGUUCUAAAUGCUAACCAUUACAAUUCUUAAAAGAAAUAAAAUGCAAAGACUCCAAAUAAUCCAACCCAAUCCGUGCUCGCUCAACCGCAACUAUGUUCAUGUGCGUAACAAAGACGUUAUUUAAUUAGUGCGAUCGCUCCCCUCGCAAGCGAUUAAUGACAGCUGCCAGCGUGCGCAAAAGAAAUAUUCCAGAGUGAAAGUGCAGCGGAGACGUGAUGAGUGACUCGUGAGUGGACGAGCGUGAGCACCCCCCAAGUGGUAAUUCAUCCACAAAGUAUUCCCAAAUCCUCUUGGCCAAAAAGACUUUUUGAAUGUGAUGCAUUCUCCACAGGAUGUCCACAAUGUCGCAUGAGAAAAAUCAACCCAAUUUUAAUUUGCAGACACAAUCCUUCUUUUGCAACUUUUGUAAGACAACAUGAAAUUUGCAUGCCCAUCACUCGCUAAGCUAAUUGGGCAAAACUAUUGAGGUUGGUGUUUUAAAACGUCUUUUCUACGAGUCUGCUUCUACGUGUCCUGAUGGUUAAGUGCUGCCCGAAGAUGUGUGGAGGGCUGGAGAACAAGGAAAGCACAUCUCAAGUCUGAAUAAUGAAUGCAGAGCAUAUGGUGGAUGGAAGAAUGAGUAAUAGUCUGGUGAACAUUUAUUUCAAAGCCCUUGAAAUAAGCUCUUCUUGCUCGACUCGUGUUUUAGGGAAAAUGAUCAUGGAAUCAAAUAAUGGACUUGUAGUAUCGUCUUGAAGCUUUGACGUGUUGUCUGGAGUCUUUGACAAUAUUAUUUACUGCACGUCUGUCCGUUGAGUUUUACGCAAAACAUUCUUUACAUUCAGCACAAUCGUUGGGUUGGAAGAACAUUUCUUUGAAAAGCUGCCCAGGUGCCUCUGAGCAAGAUGUGAAACCCUGGCAGCAGCUGCCAGCGCUGCGUCCUUGUAAAAGAAUCCUGAAUACAAGCCAAAUAUGACAGUUGCCAGGUAUUCAGAGCAUCGUGGAAUGUUUCAUGACAAAUUUUGCCAGGUAAUAAGGGUCUAACUCGGGUGGGCAAACUACGGCCCGGGGGCCACAACUGGCCCGCCAAGCGUUGGAAUCUGGCCUGCAAGUUGCUUCCAAAGUAUUUAAUGUAAACUUGUAACAUACAAGCUGGCACCAUGACUUGCAAGUAGUCAGGCAGUCGAUCUGAGACAACCUUGUGAUGGUUUAAGUAGCUUUUAGCUUCACGUGCAGCCAUCCACACAACUACCUCACCCAUGGUGAGUCAGCAGGUGCGUGACCCACUGCACUGUCUGAGGAGGGACGCUCACAUACUCUUUAAGAGCCAAUGUUUUAUGGUCGAUAGUUGAUAUAGUCUAUCACACACCCUCCAUUCAUGCACACUGCACGUGUUUUUUCAAUUGAAUGUUGGUAUUGGAUGUGGUGUGAUGUCGGGAGUGCUUCUGAGCACCCACAAGCACAUGCAGCAGAUUGGAUGACACUUUUACACAUCAAAUAAGACAAAUCAUUCCGGAUGGACUGACUGAAUUGGAAGCUUCAACUAGCGUGCGUGUAUCAAAUAUACAGUCUGGUCCCCCGGGUCAAUGUUAACUCAAUGUGGCGCGCGAGUAAAAAAGUUUGCCCACCCCUGGUCUAACUGUACGUGCGCCAUCACAAAUCACAUUCCAAACGCACGUACUUGGUGACAGGGGUUAUUGUUAUUAUUAGCUAUAUGGACAGGACAUGUUUAUUUCUUGAAGGUCAUAUUCUUCAAUGGACAUCAAGGCAAAGACGUCAUUUUGGACCACAUGCAUGUUCAUUCUGUCAGACGCACUGGAAGCCAGCCCACGCCUCUCCCAUUCCCACAUGAUGGCAACAACUCGGUGUUCCUUUGCCUCCCUUGUGUGGCUGUUUCCCAAAUACGCUGCACCCCUGUUAAUUUAUUUCAUCACCCCACCCUUUGUGUCCUCAGUGUCUCAUCUCCAUGCAUAUCCAUCUUGCAAACACAUUCUCCGUCCCUCCCUGUCUCCGUCCCACAGCUAUGAUUUAGGCGUCAGGGUUGUUCCCACUCCCUAGCAGCCCUGGAUCACGUUACCUUGGCAUUACUCAGUCCUUCCCUGCGAGGCUGCUCCAUGUCAGGAGUCUGCUUGCCUCCUCCGAACCUGGAGACAAGCACAACGUAAUGUCAUGUAGACCCCCCCGCUAUGUUAAGUUAUGCACACAAGUUAGUGGCAGGCAGCGUGCUGCAUUUUCUAUUUCAAGCCUUCGUUGGUGCACAACAAGCUGAUCAUGUGUCAGAGCUCUCAGUGGUGAGUGUGUUGCUUUUUGCACCAAUGGGUAGAUUUAUAGUCCUCUGCGCUGUCUGCAGGCGGUCCUCGGGGAACCGAGGACUUCUAGACUGUCGCAGCUUUAGUGUAAGUCUGAACAUUACACCUAGAUGAACUCCAAAGUCACUCCCACUGUACACAGAACACAUGAUUGAUACCGUAUUCCUCUCCGAGAGAAAUUCACGAUAUACUGAUAAUACUGUAAGAAAACGAAUGAACAGGAUUUUCAAGGUUCAAGAGUUUUAUUGUCAUGUGCAUAGUAAAACAGCAGUUAUACUAAGCAAUGAAAUUCUUAUUCUGUUCAUUCUCCCAAGAAAAGAAAGAAAACACAAGAAAAUGAAUAAGAACAUAAGAAACAUAAUUACCAAUAAAUUAAACAACAAAAACAGAAGAGACAUUAAUACAGAUAAAUAAUACAAAUAAAUAAAUAAGUAAAUAAAUAGAGUGCUAUGAGUGUGUGCGGCGUGUGUGAGUGCUUCGUUGAGAAGCCUGAUGGCCUGUGGGUAAAAGCUGUUUGCCAGCCUUGUGGUCCUGGACUUCAAACUCCUGUAGCGUCUGCCUGACGGUAGGAGUGUGAAUAAUGAGUGUUGUGGAUGUGUGCUGUCCUUGAUGAGGUUGUGUGUUCUUCGUAGGACUCUAGUUUUAUAAAUGUCUUGCAGUGAGGGGAGGGCUGCCCCAACAAUGUUCUGUGAGGACUUUCUACCUUCUUCAAAUAUUCCAAGCUAGUCUGGAAGAAUAACCUCAUCUUCUCCUCCCAGGUCUCCUUGUAACAGCGCACAGAAUCCAUGACCCCUCUAGCAUUCAUUAGCAUUCAAUCAUCUUUAUCCUGAAUGAUGGUCACCACAGCUGAGCAGUUAGGACCAAAAGGCCGGUCAAUGUUGGGGGGCGUGUCCCCUCUCUCUGAGCUGUUAUGAUGUUCAUUUUCACUUCCAUGGUGAUGGAUUUCCUUUUCUUUGGCGCACAUAAUGAGGUGUAAAAAGUUAGCUAAUGUAGCGAUGUUGCUCUUCUUCAGGUCUCCAGUAAGUCUUGUGUUUAUGGACCAAAAUUAAGUUUUUAACGAAUUUAUGGGAGCACGUUUGUAACCGCAAAAGGCCAUAAACCGAGGACCACCUCUUGGUAUGUCGUGUCAGUUCUCCUGAUGAGUAAAAUCUCUUACUAAUCCUAGAAUUGUCGUACAGAUGAGUGAUUUUGAAGCUAGUUUCGCUAAUGUAUGACCCUGCAGAAAUUCCCUUGCCUUGGCUUUAAGACGCCAUGCAUGCUUGCCAGGUCGAGCUAUUUUGCAAUAAAUUGUGUGAUGCAGUAGCUUUAAUUUGUGAGCGGUGGUGAGGGCUGGAAAGUGUGUAACUGUGUCUCUGCCUGUGCCUUCACGUAGGUUGUAAAGUUUAUAGAUGCCACCGCAACUUCCUGCCAUUAAGCUUGUUGUGCGCUCAUGUGGAGCCACAACUCCCCUUCUGCCAUCAGCUUUCGUUGCGCCCCUCAGUAAUGUAUCUGUACGUGACACGUGUGUGCGGCAGGGUAGCAUAUCAGUGCACCGGAAGCCCCACUUUGGCUAUGAUUAUCUUCUCUAAUUGAAAAGGAGGCAUUGCUUCUGUGUCGCUCGUCUUGCUGCUUGUUUGUCAGUAACGAGACAUGUGGGGCUGCACAACAGAGAUGUUUGGAGAAGGAGUAUAGCUUCCAGAGCCUGGGGGUUUACACGGCUGUCACAGACUAAAUAACAGCGCUUGCUGCUUGUUUACAAGUUCCUCUGUGUGGACUUGUCAGGCCAGUCUCCACCCAGCCGUGCCGUUCGCUUUCUUUCCAUACAGUGUGCAGUUUGUUUGAUACACGCGCCCUGUGAUUGGCUGGCAGGCAGUCCGGGUGUACCCCGCCUGGCUCCAGCUCACCUGCAACACCAACGAGGACAAGCACUAUAGAAGAUGGAUGGAUGGAUGGAUGCAGUUUGUAUGUAGCACAUUUUGGACGUUCUUCCGUUGGGGUGCCGACCACAACAAUAAGGGGGAGCGUGGAGAGGUGGGGGCAGCAUCUAAUGAGGAAGGAAACCGUCCAAUAGCUGCUAGCCACUCAGUCCAGCCCUUCAAAUGAAGAGCCUUCAGUUCCGUAGCAUCGCCCCCAAGGCCCCGGUCGUUGUGCCUUCCCCACCCUCUGCUGUCCUCUCCUGCCAACCUCCCCCCGCCCUUCCCGAAGCUACCAGUGGGUCCAGCCCGAAAUCCAUCGUUGUGCCUGCCCAAAACUAUGCACUGAUGCAAAUAGCUGGUCAGGAUGGCACAUUCUCCCUGGUGGCACUGCCCCCUUCUGUCCCCUCUCAGACACAGCAACAAAGCCAGCCCGUCCAGAAGAAUCUCAAGUUGCCCAUCCCCAGGUACAAGCCAGCGAGGAGCGCUGGGGGCCCAGAUAAGGUCAGAUCACCACCAAUCUCUGCACGGGUGAAAGCUGCUUCAAGGGUUGCUGCGGCAGCACAGAGCAAAUCACUGGUGAGUGGGAUGUCCUCAUUGGUGAAGAGAAAGAAACCGGAGUGCAAGGUCCCUCAAACUCCAAGGCCAAAGGAGGAACCGUCAGAGAAGGUUAUUCUCAUCGAUGGCGCCCGCUCUGACAUCUCUGUCGCGGCCCUUCUAGCAGACAAUGCUGUCCUGUACCCGGGGUCUCAGUUGGAGCAGGUUCCAGAUAAUGCAGAACAUCCCGCAGCAACAGUUAUUCAAAGUCCCGGCCCACCUACAACUGCUCUCAAAAUCUCCCCAGACAAAUCCCAGGACCAAGGCGGGACUGUGAUGCCAAUGUGUCAGUCCAAGGCUCCUGCAGCUCAGCCUCCAAACAGCAUUGCCCUUAUAUCGCCAGCCAUCUUCAGCAAAGCAGUGCACAUUAUCCCGUCCCCUCCCAAAGGCAAACUGCCCAUUCUACCCUACUCCAAAGUGAAGACCACCCUCAUUCCAGCAGCCAAGCUCAACCUGUCCCAAGAUAAGGAUUUGCCAAGCCAGGCUGGUCCUGCGAGCCCCAAAGGUCCUACAUCCAUGAGCCUCAAAACAUCUGAGGCCUGGGGGAGCAGCCAUGUGCCAAACACGACUCUGCAACCCCACAUGAAGGGCUCGCUUGCUCCUGUGUUGGGACUCCAGAAGCUGCCAGGAAAGAAGAGAGGAAGAAAGAGAAAGACAGCGGAAGAUAACUUGGCGUAUGAGGCCCGGAAGAAGAGGUCGUUGUCCUUCUUCCGUAGGAGGGUACCUGAAAAGCCAUCAAUAGUUGUUUCGGGCUCCAAGCAGGAAGUGGAGAUUUCAAAGAAAUACCGUAGCAUUCGACCCAAGCCGAUUUUGGUGAUGGAGACGCUUCCCCAGCUUGUUAGCUUGCCUGCGAGUUCCUCAGAUGGACAAGAAGUUGAGCUUGCACCAGCGCCUGCUGCCACCAAGGACAUGGAUUGUCCUUCCCAGCAACCUCCAGUCACCCUCCACCUGAAAGGAGCCUACCAUCCCAGAGUUUUUCUAGCCAGUCGCUCACUCCAUCGUUGCCCCACUUGCAGCCGCUGCUUCCAGUUCAAGAAUCACCUGCAGACCCACAUGAGCAGUCACAGCAGCACCCGGCCGUACGUCUGCCCCGUGUGUCGCAAAGCGUACGCCCACUCUGGCAGCCUGAGCACCCACAUGAAGCUCCACCAUGCCGAGGCCCGACCACGGCGCUCUCUGUGCUGCGAGUUCUGCGAGAAGGCCUUUGGAUACGUGGGCGUGUACUUCAGUCAUCUGCGAGAGGUGCACAAGGUCCUCCUCACGGUGGAGCCGUCCACCAGCCAUCACGAGGACAACGUGACUGCUGAGGGCAGGGACGUGUGGGAGACGUCGGACGAGCAGCACGAUGAAGAACCUGUGGAGCUGCAGAUUAAAUGCGGUCGCUGCCAGGUGGUCACCCCCACUUUUGCAGACAUGAAGAUGCACCUCGUGUACGUUCACGGGGAGGAGGUCCUGGUCCUACUUCAAGAGGGUCAGAGCAGGCAGGGCGGCUUCCAAGCGGAGAAGGAGCUGGUCAAACGCGCCGCACACUACUGGCGGCAGCUCAACGAGAAGAAGUGUAAUCUGUUGAAAUGCGGCAGCUGCGAUGAUGAGUUCUUCACUUCUGCUAAACUCAAGAGGCACAUCGUGUUCCACCACCGGGAGCACAGUGACACCUUCCCAGCAUCACGUGGGGUUCAAGGUUUGAGGAUGCUUGCAGGAGGUUCUGCCUUCAACUGUGUGCUUUGCAGCAAAGUGUUGGACACGAAAGAGCAGGUUCUGGAGCACUGGAGGGGUCACCACCACUGCGAGCAGCCCAGCUUACUGUGGGCGGCUCUCAGCGCUUACAGCCUGGAAGACGAGGAGGCGUACCAGGAUGUGGACUCCGUUCCGAGUCCACAUUAAUGUUCCCCGUCCUUGGACUGGCCACGGAGUCCUGGACUGGACGUGGCCUCGUAUUCACUGAGCUCUAACAAAGAAUCUAACAAGGCGGGGCUUUUAAGGUUUGUUUCACUUUUGUGCCAAAAAGUCAAAAGAAGUGAACUUGGGGGGGGGGGUUCCAUAAUUGAAAACAAUAUACUGUACUUUGUUAGUGUUGCACUGUUCUUGUUGGCUUUUUAAUGUCAUGCUUAUUUAAAUAUUCUUAAAUGAGUACAACUGUCUCACGUCAACAUUCUCCUUAUCCAGAUUUUCCAGACCGUAAAUCGCUUUGGAGUGUAAGUCACAAAAAAUGCAUCAUGAAGACGGGAAAAACACAAAGCCAUCACACUGGACUAGAAGUGGCGUUUAUUUAGAAAUGUAUUUGACAAAAUGCAAAGGCAAGAAAAGAAGUUUGGAAAGAUACAAUAACGCACGCACUUACAACCUCACUCCAGUAAUCAUGGAUUAGGUUUUAAUAGCACUUUUCAAGGCACCCAAAGCCCUUCACAAUGAAACAAAGCCGCUACACCUAGCGUCAAAAACAAAAACACAGCAGCAGUGGCGGCAGCUCCAAUAUGUAGCGUUACCUUUGGCUAGUGGCCUGAGGCGUUGUGAGCGAGUGUGUGGUGAAGCUAGCCGCUGUGGUGUGGUGUGGCGAGGUGUCACUACGGCAGUAACGUAGUUCUUAGACGUAACAAUAAUAAUAACAAUGUGGUUCAUAUGCAGCUCACAUGAUGGAAAUGGAGCCUUGCUGGAGGUGGAAUAGGUGUGUCCCAUUGCAUGCAUUCUUAGCUGCCUCUUUUUACCUGUUUUUACAUCUUUAGAAGGCACAGAAAAGAGAAAGACGUGUGUUCAUGUCUUCCCUAAGUAUUAUGGAUGAUGGGCGAAAUUCCCAAAAAAGUGCACGUUUCCUUUGAGCAUCAACAACAUACCUGGGAGGCUGAACAAAGUCAAUGAACAUGACAAGCAGCCACAAGCCUAGCGCACCCUCUCACGGCCGGUGGAAACAUGUUGACUUAGAUGUACGUGCAGCAUGUAUUGAUACAGUCUAUCCUGUAAACUAACUAUGGGAAAAGUCGGACUAGUGGUCUGGAAAAUAGAAAAGUAGGGUAAAGGUCAAACUAAAGUCACUGUGACUUUAGUUUGGAUUUGUCUCGUGCGAGACUCCAGCAGAGUUUGUUUGGUAACAACACCACUUACUGACAUUCAUGCUUAUUGCAUAAGCUCAUCAUGGCCGUGAAUGCCCUUCAUCAAUUAUUUGAACCCUUCUUUUUGCAGGCUGAAAUAUAUACAUGUACAUACACCCCUACUCAGAUGUGCUUCAAUGGUUCUGCAAAAACAAUGGUUGUGUUCUGUAUAGUACAGAACGUAUACUACUGCAGUAGUAUAGUACAGAACGUAUACUACUCACAGUAGGUCAUGGAUAUACUACUAAGUCUCCCUUCACGGGACGUGUGUUUAUGCUUCCAUUUCUUUCCCUUUGGCUGACGUGAAAGUAAAUGUGGGCUAGGGAAGAUACCUGAUGGCCUCCCUCUGGAGCACCAUUGCAUUUGUUGGCCUUGGAUUCCUUCAGGUGAGCAUCACCAUCCACACGUGCACCUGCCGCGUCAUAUGCUCCUCCAGGCAUACGGAAAUGUUAUACGUCACAUUAUUAUUCCAUAUUGUCAUAGCAUUAUUAUUCCAUAUUGUCAUAGCAUUAUUAUUCCAUAUUGUCAUAGCAUUAUUAUUCCAUAUUGUCAUAGCAGAGCAUAUUCACACACUGGAAAGAAUCAGCAGUCUGUUUCUUCAUGUUGCCAGGAAAAACAGCAAAGUUAGAAUAUUAUGAGAAUAAAGUUGGAAUACAUGAAAUAUGCUGAAAUUCAAUGUAGUGAUCAGCAUACAGUUAUUGAUAUACACGUGUGUGUGUGUGUGUGUGUGUGUGUGUGUGUAUAUGGCUCAUUUCUGCUGUAUACUGAAGAUGUUUGUGUUUGACAUGAAAAGAUGAAUGAGAACAUUUCAGCUUGUAUUUGCUGAGGUCACUACUUCAAUAACGCUUUAUUUUUCUAAAAGAUUUCUCCUACAAGUGACUGACUCUCCACGUAAUAUGCAAGUCAGUUAUGUUGGAGAUAUUAUUGUUUUAUACCUCCACCUUCUUUUUGCCGUCUUUUCAGGGUGACACUCAACACACCUAACCACGUCACCUAACCACGUCACCUAACCAUGUGACCUAACCACGUCACCUAACCACGUCACCUAACCACGUCACCUAACCAUGUGACCUAACCAUGUGACCGCCUUGUGGCCUUUAAAAGAUGAAAAGUCAGGCUGUGUCCAAAUGGAAUACUUGCAUCAGUACUUGAAUGCGUAGCGUGUGUACUGCAUGUAUUCUGUCCAUCAAUCCUACGCUAGCGGUAGUCCCUCCUUUAUUGCUGUUAAUUGGUUCCAGACUCAACCAUGAUGAAUGAAUUUGUGUGAUAAUGUUAAUAAAUUGGAGCGUAGAAGACCUGUUGAAAAGCUUCCACACACGUGAUGACAUAAAUAAUCACUCGUGUCCUAAACAGCAUAUUGGAGAGAAAUGAGACUUAGAACGUACGUCAACCUUGUCGCUCAUGAGAGCAACGAUACUUUGUACUGUUGUACCAAUGUAGGACAGACAUGCUGCGUGAGGGUCAGCCAAUCAGUGCCCAGUAUACUGAACAGUAUAGCACGUGUACGCAGGCCUUUUAUAUUUCUGCUUGCGUUUAUGAAUAAUUGCUUUAUUUAGGCCAACAAUACAUACAUACUUGUUUUCUGGGCUUAGAAUAGGCCACAGGAACCAGUAAAGUGUGAUAUUGCAAGGGAUUACCGCACACGAGAUUCUCUCCUUUUAAUGCUGAUUUGCAACCACUCAAGUUAGCCCCUCCCCUUGCGCUACGUUGCCAAGAUGGUGUUUUGAGAGCAACAUCCAGGUACCGAGCGUGUGCUGCAGCGGGACGUACCUGCACUCCAAAGGCUGAGUGCACCAACUGAGAUGCAGCCAUGGCGUGUUUGAGUGGGUGGGGUGGGGGUUUAAAGGCGUGCAUUCAUGCCAUGACGCUAUAUAGAUGCACAUACGUGAUUGUACGUGUACGUUGAAGAUGUUUAGCCACGCCCACAAUGGACUUUUAGCUCGUACGUGUUGUUGCCAGCUAACGUGCGCACUCGUGCAACUCCUGUUGAGGCGAUACUGUUGUACUGUUGUGCAGAAGAAUCUGCUAUUUUCUACUAGAUGACCACAGAGGUCUUUAAUAUGCUCGUGGUGCUUCGUUGUUUUCAUUUCUUCAAAGUAUUCUUCUGUUGGUUGUCAUUUGUGAAGAAAAAAAAUGACAGGGUGAAAUGAAUGUACCUGCAAAAUCCUACCAAAAGUAUGCAUAUAUCAUAUAUAUACUGUAUAAAUACAAUAUAUAGCUAUAUUGUCAAAACACACACACACACAUAUAUAUAUAUAUAUAUAUAUAUAUAUAUUUGUACUGCUUGGUUUGUUUUGGUGAAACAGGCAAGAAAAGACAAAAAAGGGAAGAAUGUGACAUCAGUUGGACGCAAAACACAUUGAAGUGAACGAAAGGCCACAGAUCACCAGGUGCUAGCUGCACUUGCACUUAGUGCACUUAGUGUGCAUCCAAGGCCUCUUUGACUACAGUAGGAGCAACAGGAAGUGUCAGACUUGCUGACUGCAGGUUGGGUGAAAUCAACCCCACGGUCGACACCCAUCGGAAAGAAAGCGUGACACGGAGCACCCGAGGUCUCAAAGCGGCCUACGUAUGUUGUCUGCACGUAGUCGUGGGGGAGCGUGAAUUAAAAUCAUCUUAAAGUUGAACACCUCAUCAUGUGAAGAGCAGGAGUCGGGGGUACGUGUCUGCGGGGGGUCGGGCUGUGGAAAAAGGAAAAAGGCUAAAUGUGUUUGCAUGUUUGUGUUCUCCGCCAAGCGAGUGUUUGUUGAUGACAAUAAACGGAUGCUUUGUUCACCGCACUCACUCAUUGCUGUGCUGCUUCAUCUUCCACAUCUUCUGACUGCAGAUGUUUGAAGUUUCUUUGAGUGGACGCUGCCUUUCCUUGGCCUCACAACAAUUCUACACUUGCGGCACUUGGGGUCAGCCUGCGGUGGAUCCCUGCACAGAUGCAAUCCCUUCAAUUCACACAUUUCUGGUCCGUCUAUUUCCUUUAUUUGAGUUUGUCUGAAGAAGCGCUUGGUUGUCAUUCAGCAUAAAGAAUCAAUGUUUUCAUGUCAAUCGUACAGCAUCCAUGUUGGACGGGUCGUCUUCAUGCUUCUCUCAUCAAGGAAGGGAAAUAUUCCUGCAUAUUAUAUUCCGCUGCUUUUGGAGAGGUGGGGGCUGACGUUUGAGAUUUAAAGGAAGGAAGAU